GCACGUGAUCUGUAGAUUGCGAUAGCGUCCAGGAACAGCAACAAAAAAAAAAAAAACAUGAAGGUUUGACAGUUACAAUAAAAGCUUUAUGACUGACUGACAGCUGCUGUUUAUGAGAUUCAUAUCACGUAAUAUCACUUAGGCUUGAUCAACUAGUUUGCUCUCUGUUACGAAUGGAAAGAGCUGCUUCCUCCGCGUCAGACGGAUGUGAACUCCUGUCCGGGCUCUUAAAUGUCACUGUCAGUUCUGAAAUGGUCCAAUGUGGAUCUGGUGAAAUGAAGUAAGAUUUAGAGAUCAUGUGGAUAGCUGUGUGGAGAUGGAGGCCGUGAGACCCAAAAAAUCCAAGUCCAAGACCUGUGGAAAGUCACAGGUCAAAAAGGAGAGACAGUCUGAGGGUGUUAGAAAGCUCUCGGGACCUUCUACUGAACUCCAUGAGCCAGCACCAGCUCCUGAAUUCACUGCUGAAUUCACAGAUGUUCCCCUCAGCCUUUCUCAUGUGCCUCUUGUCCCUGAUCUGAACUCACCUGCUCAGCCCUCAGUAGACCAUAACGACAAUGCUGAAAAGGACCAAGACAGUGGUCUCUUGUGUGAUAUAACUGAAAUACUGGAGAAACCCCUGUGCAAUGAAGACGCACAGCCUAAAUCGCAAUCACAAGACAUGGCACCUCGAGCGGAUCAAGCUUUGGUGUCUGCUCAGUACAGCCAAUGUGAUCAAAAAUUUAUUAAUGCUAAAUUUGAUCCAUUCAUUGUCCCUUCUUUAUAUCCCUCUGUCCCUUCUGCAUGCUCUGAGCCUCAACUCUUGGAAGCCACAUGCUCUAUCACCUAUGAACUGGUAGAUGCUUCCCUUAUGCCAUUGGCUUCCGAGGCAGAAGUCAGGCCUGGACAAAUGGCUCCAGCUGUUCUGCCUCUAGCUAGCCAGGAAUCCUCCCCACCCAGCUUAGUGCCUGUGGAGGUUGCUGAUGUGAAGAGACUUUAUCCAGAGCUGCCCAGGUCCUGUCAGACUGUAAAGCCCUUCACUAGUGAGCAGUUACGAAUCUGGGAACCGGGAUCCUGGCUGGAAAACGUGGAGCUCCAUGCAGCUGAGUUCCAAAGUACAGCCCAUCAAGAGGGACAUGAGUUGUAUGAGCUGCUGCUGAGCUACUGGAGGUAUCAUAAACAGCUAACCCAGGCCCAGACUGAACUACAGGCUGCUAACUCAAACUGCAAAAAUGUGCAGAAUCGGUUGUGGAGCUUUAAGGAUGAAAGGCUUUCGUUACAGGGUGUGUGUGCAGACCAGGCCAAGGUGUAUGGCUACCACUGCUACCAGCAGGUGACACUUAAUGAGGCAGCAAUAGCUGAGCUGAAACAACUAUUUGCUGCCAAGGCAGAAAUACUCCAUCAAACAGUGGCCCUGCACUCGUACACCUCCUUACUGUCCCGCCUUCAAGUUGAGUCUUAUCUCUACAAUUUGCUCAGCAGUAACCCCACCACCAAGAGUGUGGCUGUACAAGAUACAAGCACAGGCAAUCCAAAGUCUCAACCUUCCUCUUUGCAACCGCUGAAGGAGAGCAUCAGUGUGCUGUUCAUUUUCACCCGACGGGUUCUAGAUGAUUCUCAGUUUCAGACUGACAUCCAUCUCUGGCUGCAGAGGCUGGUCUCAGUGCUGCAUCUGGUAGGUUCUGCAGGAGAUCAUCUGCUCAUCCUAAACCACCUGCUCUGCUGCCCCGCAGGAGUGGGUAAAUGGGCUGUGCCAUUUCUACAGAUCAAAGUAUUGGAAACCCCAUCUGGAGUGUAUCAUUUCAUGCAGGCUCUUGCUAUUCUCAUGUCUCCGGCGAGGCACCGUGUAGACUUUCUGGGACACAUGAAACCCAGUGACCCAAAGGGCAAUAACAGUCUUUCAGGACCUGCGUCUGCAAACUGGACUCUGGUGGAUGAGGGUGGAGAGGAGGAUGAAGACCCAGAAACAAGUUGGAUGCUGCUGUCUGAGGAUGAUCUGAUUUCACUGUUCUCUCAGUUUCCCUUUGAUGAGCUCUUCAAACACUUACUAGGGAUCUGCUCUAAAGUAGGUGACUAUCAGCCUCAAGCCACCACCAGUCAAAAGAUGAUGAAGAUAUUUGCGUUCGCCUCUUCGUUGGUUGAGUUGCUCGCUGUUGGCUUGCAGACCUAUAACAGAGCACGUUAUCGCCAGUUUGUAAAGAGGAUCGGUCACAUGAUCCGGAUGACACUUUGCUAUGUGAGUGACCACUGGGCGCAGUACAUCAGCCUUACAGGUGUUAGCAGGAGCACACUGCAGGAACAGUUCUUCUCAAUGGAGAAGCUGCAGGUGGAGUUUGACCAUCUCUUUCUGAGAGCAGUGCUGCAUGUGCUCAAGGCCAAGAGACUGGGCAUAUGGCUAUUCAUGUCUGAGAUGCCAUAUGGCACCUUAUCCAACACCAUGCUGUGGAAGAUUUUCUACAUCAUGCAGUGUGCAGAGACGGAUGGUUUGGAGAAGCUCAGCUGUAGUCUGAGUACUGAAGACUGUAUCCAGGGGCUCAGAGAACCAAGCCACCAGGAGAAGUUUGAGCGCUGGCUGUCAGAGAUAAACAGCUCAGAUGGAAUCUGCCUGUUGACAACAUUUGCACACAUGGCCCAGCCCAGACGCACUGAUGUAGACCCUGAGUUCAUCAGGACCAUAGUGCUGGAGAUAUAUGAGGUGUCCUAUGUGAGUAUCGCCACUAGAGAGAUAUUCUCUAAAGUGGGGCGGGAGUUGCUGGCUGCUAUAGCGACUGCCCACCCUCACAUCAUCUCUGUAUUGUUGGAGAGACUGAGAGAGACCAUAGAAAAAGUGGGCAUGGUGUCAUUGUACCUCUUUAAGGAGUUGCCCCUGCACUUGUGGAUGCCAGCCCAGGCUGAGUUUGGGUUAAUUCGUGAUUGGCUGUUGAACUUCAGUCUCACUGCCGUGGAGAACAGACUAGCCUGCAUCAUACUUGAGGGCCUUAACUGGGGAUUUCAGCAUAAUGGUUGCCUUGUUCUGCCAGCUUCUUUGCACAGUGAAGUCGCCCUGUUGGUCAUUGAGGCAUAUCAAAAAUAUCUCACAGACAAACCAUAUGGUGGCAUCUUAUCAGAAGGCAUCAAACAGGUGUCUUAUCUGGCUAAUGUGGUGCGGCUUGGCCAGUCUCCGGAGUCCUCUUUUAACCAGUGGGCCUGGGACCUGGUUCUUAGGCUGAAGCUUCAUGCCAAUGAGCGAAGUCCUCAUGAUGCCUGGUGCCCCCUGCCCUCCUCCAGCACCCCCAGUGUGCCAGAGAUAACAGACUCUCCCACCAUGCACCCUGUGUUGAAAGCUGUCAAAGCAGGAAUUCCCAUUGGAUGCUUCCAGGCUAUUGACAUGACCACCAUUGGGCACAGUUUGGAGAAGUUCUGCAGUGAUGGAAUAUCUCUGCUGAAGACACUGGUACAGUCCCAUCAUCUCAAAGCUGUAGUGCACAUACUGGAAAACAUUCUUCCACUGGUCUACCACUGCCAGUUCUACCUACUCAAAAAUGAACAAUUUCUUAGCUGUAUCCAGCUCUUCCUGCAGCUGGAUAGUGGGACUCAGAGUGUGACCCAGCAGGUCACACAGAAGGUGACCCAGCAUCUUAUCGGCACCUCUACAUGUGAGAACAUCAAACUCCUAAACAGUGUGAUCCAGGCUCAUAUCUUGGAGAGCUCCAGACCUGGGCGUGUUGGAGCAGUAGCUGUUCUUGAAUUCUGGCUUCAGGUUUUGACCAAACAGAACCUCUGGUAUCGAGACAAAGCUGUUCUGUACCUUCUGGACCAUCUGUGCCGUGCUGCAUUUCUUCACCAACAGGAGGAAUGUCUUCAGAAGCUUCUCUACCAACAACACAAGAGUGCUUUAGGUUACCAUGGAGACAAAGGUUUGCUUUCAUCUCUAAUGGGCUGGAUUGUUGCAGGAAACAUCACUCCAUCCUUCAUUGAGGGCAGUUCUCUCACAGGGGAGGUUUGGUUUGCUUGGUUGGUUCUAAACAUGGAGUCGAUGUUUGAGGAGGACUCUCAGCUGAGGCGCUGUGUGGAGCAUGAGCUCCUCUCCAACCCUGUUUACACACCAGAUCAGGCUCUGAAGAAAGCCCAGGUGCGUCUCAAGCUUCAAGUGGUUCCAUCCCUGCAGAGGCUGAUGAUCUAUCGCUGGGCUCAACAGGCUCUUGCUACACCUGCUGAUCACCCGCUCCUGCCUUUGGUGUGGCAGAAAUUCCUACAACUUUACCUCCGUCAACCUGGACCAGAGUUUGGGCUAGAGGUGAAAGGUUGCAUUGGCAGGCGUUAUUUCCAGAGUGUAGCCCAUCUCUCCCUGCUUAAGAGCCUCAGACAGCGGCUAGUUGAGGUGUCAGAUUUCCACCAUGCUGCUAGCAAGGCUCUGAAGGUUCCCUGUUCCUCUGGUGAAUCCAGUGAUGGUCUGCUCACCCCAGGGAUGUCCAUCACCCAGUACAUCACCUCUCCAGAGCUGCACACUGAGCUUGUGCGGCUCUUCAGUGUAUUUGCUUUGUGGUUGGAUGAUGAAAACCUUCAGAAACAAGAAAUUUACUUGCCCUCUUUGCCAAAGCAGUAUGACACCCAUCGCUUAGCCAAAAUCAUGCAGCGUCAACAGGAGGUGUGGAUGGAGCAUGUGGACAUUGAGCGAGUCCAGCAUGAACUGCAGGAAGUGCUCAGUCUGUGGUCAAAGGUCAAGAGUGAACCUACACUCUCCCAGAACACCAGCUCCUCCAUUUUCACUGACUUCAUCAACCCUCUGGCUGCAAGGGAACGUAUUCUUAGUCACCUGAGAAAGCAUGAUACCCCCCAGGGGGCGCCGUUGCUUGUGCCAAUGAAAGCUCCGGUGCCUGACAUUCCCACUGAGAGCCUGUCAGAUGAGAAAAUUUCCACUGCCUUAAUUCAGGAAGACCUGGCUAAACUUCAGCAUCAAGCCAAGUUGGCAACAGUGCGGGAGACACAGCAGGUCGCUCUAGACAAUGAACUGUUGGAAGUGUUACCACAGCUCUAUAUAAACCGAGAAGACCAGCUCUCAAUGCAGUUAGAGUGCCGUGGUAAAGGAGGACAGCCCUGUCAGGGUCCUGCACAUAUCACUGUUAAGUACUCAAGAAUGCACAAACUGGAUCCAGUGCAGAAUCAGAUCCAGUGUCUGAAGAAUGAUAUUAAACAGCUGCAGGCUGAUGGAAUCAAAGCUCCUCCUCAGGGUCUGGCUGAGGCAGCUGUGCACACAGAGAACUUUAUCACGACCUUGGUUAAUGCUUACAAGUUAAAUGCAUCCCCUGGUACACUGAAGGUGGGCAUCGCUGCUUUCUAUCAGAUAGUGUCGUUUGUAUCUGACGAUACACAGAGAUAUCCACCUUCUCGCCAGUUCUUCACUUCCUGUAUUGAGAUCCUGGGUCAGGUCUUCAUCCGGGAUGUCCAAUCAGAAUGUAAGCACAUGCUUAAGACCAUCCUGCUCAACAGGCACCUGUGUAACCUCUUGUCACCCUACUUCACCCCAAACGCCUCUCCUGCAGAGCUGGUCUCCCUGUAUGAGGAAGUGGUCAACACCCUCCACACAGACAGCGGUGACGUCAUAUUUAUGCUCCUCACUAAAUUUGAUGUGACACAGUGGAUGUCAGCGACACAGCCUCCGUUCCCCGACCGCAGCCGACUGAUGACGAUCAUCCAUCAGGCUCUCUGCACCUGUGGACUGAAUCCUGAGCCAGAAGUCUUAAUGCCCUUCAACAUCUUCUGCAAACACUGGACUGAACUGCUGCUUUACCAGUUUCCUGACCACUACAGCGACUUCCUGCGUUUACUCAUGCAGAGCUCUUCUGAGCAGCUUCUCAGUCCAGACUGCUGGAGAGCUUCACUGCGAGUGUUGGGCUGCUCUUCUCAUCUUAAGAUAAAGACAGCCAAAACCCGCUCCAUCCUCCUCUCCCCUCAGCAGGUGGAUGAGACAAUCGAAUGGCUUUCCAAGUUCUUCCUGAAGCUUCGUCUGUCUAACAGGGACUUCAGGAGCUUCGGUCUCCUUUCAAAAUGGGGCCCGUACAUUGAGGAAGUCAAAUUGUUUUGGAAAGAUUUGAUUACCUAUUCCAUUGAUCUGGAACUAAACAACUGUAGUAAAGAACCAGUAGGAAGUCCAAGACUGGUCAAAGCUCUUGAGAACCUAAAUGCAAAAACAGCAAAACUUUUUGAACCAUGGAUUCUAGUCCUUGACACUGACAACACCAGUCAACCUCGCUGUUCUCCAUGGCUUGAAUCAGAUGCCACAGCUGCAGCAGGCUUAGUGAGCUUAUAUGCACGCUUGACAGAGACAUUGCAUGAGAAAUUCAAAGACCACUUGUUGCCAGGACAAAGAGGAGCUCUGUGGCUUCAUCUUAUGCAUUACUGUAAGACCUGUACUUCUCCCAAGAUGCCAGAAUACCUGCUGUACACCUACCACACUGAGUACAGCCGUCUGCCAUGGAAGGACCUGCAUCCAGAUCAGAUGCUAAUGAACCAGUUUUUUAAUGUGGAAAGGGGAAGUCCAAAGAGCUGCUUCCUUUUUAUGGGAGAGCUGCUGUGUGAGGUGAACUGGGUCAGUGCAUUGAGUGAUGCUCUUAGCCCACAACCGAGCCCCUCAGCUCAGACUAUGGUGGUCUCCCUGCUCUAUCUGAUGGUGUUUCUAGCCAAAGAAGAUUUUCCUCUCAACAAACCUGAGUCCCCUGUCCUAAAUCUACUUGGACAGUCAUCUUCUCUCCCUUGGCAUUUAGUGGAUUUUCCUUCAUAUCAAAACGUCACGCGUUAUGUUAGCACACAUUAUCCAUCCUCCCUUGUUCUCAGUGGUGACACUUCUUCACAACAAGUCAUCAAAUUGCUUCGAAUGGCUGCUGGAUUUGGGCUGCCCACACAGUCAUUGCAUCACAAGGACAUGACUUUAAAGUGCCAAGUCUUCCUACGCCUCAUGGUGCAGUUCCUGACCUCUCUAGAUCAGAAUGGGAACAUCAGUCUGGCAUCUCUGGAGACAGAAAUGGAGAAAUUACUGGAGUACAUUGUACUUUUUAACCCUUCUGAGACAGACCUCCAGCAGAGGCACAUGGCCAUGUGCAGUCUGUUUGCUGAGAUGUUGUCUCUUCUGAAUGAAGCUGGCAUUUCUACAGCAGAGGGACUCGGGACUAAACUCCAUUCCUGGGUGGAAAAGCGAGCUCGGGGUCUUUUGGUUCUCCCCCUGCUUACUGCUGCGUGCAGAUGCCUGGCCUCAGUGCGUCAUAUGGCACGCACCACUGAGGCCUGUAUUAUCUCUUACUUCACUGAUGGUGGUUGUGCUGAUCAGUACUCUGGCUGGGGGCCCAUCCUGGUCUCUCUGCAGGUUCCCGAGCUGACUGUUGAGGACUUCAUCCAGGAGUGCCUGAGCCUGGGCAGUUAUCUCACCCUGUAUGUCUACAUCCUCCAGAGGCUGAACCAGGAGCAGACUCUCCUCAAUGAGAAAAAGACCUUAGUGCUUAUCAGCUCAUGGAUCAAUCAGGUCUUCCCUAGUGGUCCGGCCGAUGAGGCAAAGCUGUUUUUGUGGUGGCAUAAAGUCUUGGAGCUUCUGCAGAUCCAGGUGGAUCAAGAGGACUCAUGCGGUCUUGACACUCUGAUUCUCACAUUAAUGGCAUUCCAAAACCGGCUGGCCCAGCUUGGUGAAGAAAGACUGAAUUCGGGCAUCCUAGGAGCCAUUGGCCUUGGGAGGAAAUCCCCACUUUCUAGCAGGUUUAGGGUUGUUGCACGCAGCAUGUCUGCAUUCCUCCUGGUCCAGGUGCCUUCAGAGUCUCAACUGCGUCUUCAUGCAGGCACAGAGCUGCAGCUCUCAGCUAAAGCCCAACAGGCCUUAGCUGUGCUAGAGGCGAUGCCCAGUAAUAAGCAGUAUUCAGAGCUGCAAGUGUCUCUAAACCAGGCCCGCCAGUUCAUCAAGUAUCCAGGCCACUGUCUGUGUGACAGCAACCGUCUUUUAACCCUGCUAAUCAAUGCACUCUACACUGACCUACACUAUCUGGACAUCAUCCGUUAGCUACAGUAUAUACUUUAGCACAUGGUUUGUGUUUAUGCCUGCCAUCAAGCUCUGUGAAACCCACAAAAGAAACUGUGGAGAGAACAAGUCAUACUCCAGAUCUCCUGAAGGAGAACUCUUGGUUGAGAAUCAAUGCAAUGCAUUAGACAGUUUCAGUUUCUAGCACUGACGUCUUGACCAAGGCUUGAAAAUAAAAGUAGAGAGGAAGGUUAAAUCAUUGUUUGCCGUAGGUGUUCAUCAGUUUAUGGUCCAAAAUAAACAUUUUAACACGCUCUCUCGUCUUUCAGCCCUUUUCCUAAAAUGGUGUGUAGAUCUGCUUUGCUCAAUGAGAUUAUGAAAAGGCAUGAUGAUCUACACUCAAAAGGAUACUUGAAACUCUUUAUUAAAUUCAAUUGGUGGACAAACACACAAGAGUUUUAUGAAAACUAUCCUUGCGUGUGCAGAUCAUCAUGCCUUUUUACACAGUUUAUGGUCUCAUUAUAUUGUAUACUCAUUGUAGUCAUUUAUUUACAAUUUAUUUUGGAUUGUUGAGGAUUUUAUGAUGCAUUUUUGAGAAUGUUUUAGAUAUUCUUUGUUGGAGGAAUUUUGGUGGCAUUUUAGAAAACCCAUUGAAUUUACAGGGAGUAGUCACAGAAUAUCUACAGUAUACUUCAUAGCACUUUUCCCUCCAAUCAUUUCAUUUGUGCACAUGCUGGUGAAUUUACAAAAUGUUCGAUUUUAUUUUAAUUUCACUUCAAAUUCACUCAUUACUAUAUUUUUUUGAAAUACAUUCAAGCUCAUGCAAAUCAACAAAUGAAGGCUAGACAUUAUAUUUUAAUCUGAUGAUGAUUCUGUUUCUUUCUUACUGGUUAAUGUCUUUAUUAUUUGUAUGAAGUGAUCAGGAAAAAAAAUAAUUUUCUGGCCAAUAAUGUCCAAACUAGAUGAAUACUGGUUGCUGCUCCAACAUGUGAUCUGCCUGAUAAGUGCAUUUAAUUUUCAAAUAUUGACACAGCUAAAAUCCCCAAAGUAAUGUUCACAUGACAUCACACAUUCCUUUCUGCCUCAUAUUAAGUUGUAUAAUCAUUUGAAUUUCAAUGAAUGUGCUCACUGCUGUAUUUGACUAAAUGCAUAGAAUUAUUUUAUAAUGAAUAUUAAUUUGAAUGAGAGAAAAUUCAUUCUAUUGGUACUGUUUCCAGCAUGCUGAUAUCUCCAUAUUUGGCUCUAGUUUUAUUGAUUAAACUAAUACAUCGGGCCCUCUGUGGUCCUUUUAUGCUUUUAUUACACAGUCAGGGGUCAUUUUCUCAUAUCAAAACAUUAUUUGGUUUCCAAUACUUCAGUACAAAUAUCAAAACUUUUUACAUAGAAUUUACAAAGGAAUCAACAUCUCAGCAAUUUCAGUGUACAAUUUCAGCCUCCACAAACAGAUUAUUAACCAGAAUUGGAAAUUACAAAAACAACUAAUAUUUCAGCAUGACAUGAUUAUUGUCAUGCUGCAGACCAUAAGUGUAAUGUUUAGAGCACAACAUUGAACAACCUGGACACUUUGUAAUUUGUAGAAAUGUAUACUGGAAAAGGGAGUCUAAUGUUGUAUAGAGCAUUACUUGCCUUAUUAUGUGUUUUCAGUAUUUUUUUUUUCUCCCUUCUUGUGCCAUAAUUGCUCUUCUGUCAUGUGCUUAUAAAAUACUGUCAAAUGAUCUGUCAUGUACAUUGGAAAUGUAAAUGAUUAUCAAGAUCAAUAAUACCUAUAAUCAAA